GGAGACGGCUCUCACUGAACACAGCGGCAGGAUCACUGAGUUGGAGAGCGAAGUAACUUUGCUCAAGGCCAAUUUAACGGCGGCGGCCGAUUUGAAUGCAGCGCUUGGUUCUGCUGUGGAGGAUUUGGUGUCCCGAUCGAAGCGACAGAAUCUACGGGCGGUGGGCUUUCCAGAGGGGAUUGAGGGUAGAAAUCCAAGAGGAUUCAUGACUGACUUUUUCUUUGAAACUAUGAAAGACGUCCUGUCAGCCCCUCCUGAAAUUGAUCGCGCUCAUCGGAGUCUGGCGCCCAAACCCCGUCAAGGCGAUAGACCACGGCCGUUCAUAGUUAAAUUUCACAGGUUUCUGGACAAAUAUGCUGCACUGCGCUGGGCCAAGGAACACAAAGAGAUCUCAUACCAAGGUCACACCAUAAAGAUUUACGAGGACUUCAGCGUGGGUGUCGCCAGGAAGCGCGCAACCUUCAAUAAAGUCAAGUCAAGUUUGUACAAAAAGGGAAUACGCUUCGGCAUGAUCUACCCAGCCCGCCUGCGCAUCACUCAUAACGGAUGCUUUAAGGAUGACCGUAUAGUGUUCUGGACGUGGAUGUUCUCCACAUACUUUAUGGAGAAAUGGGCGCCGCGUCAGGAUGAUAUGCUCUUCUAUGUGAGACGCAAGCUUUCGUAUGUUAGUGCCGACAACACAGAAGGAAAGAAGGUGGAGGUCGAAGUUUACAGAAGAGACUCGAAAAAGCUGCCUGGACUGGGUGAUCCUGAUAUUGACUGGGAGGAGAGUGUGUAUCUCAACCUCAUCCUGCAGAAACUGGACUAUGUGGUCACAUGUGCAGUUUGCACACGCUCCGAUGCAGGAGACAUUCACAUCCACAAGAAGAAAUCACAGCAAGUUUUUGCUUCUCCAAGCAAACACCCCAUGGACAGCAAAGGUGAAGAGUCCAAAAUGAGCUACCCAAACAUAUUCUUCAUGAUCGACAACUUCGAGGAGGUAUUCAGUGAUAUGACCGUCGGAGAAGGUGAGAUGGUUUGUGUAGAGCUGGUGGCCAGUGACAAGGCCAACAUGUUCCAGGGCGUGAUCUUCCAAGGGUCCAUCCGCUACGAAGCCCUCAAGAAAGUCUAUGACAACCGGGUAAGUGUGGCAGCUAAGAUGGCGCAGCGCAUGUCUUUUGGCUUCUACAAGUACAACAACAUGGAGUUUGUGCGGAUGAAAGGGCCUCAGGGCAAAGGUCAUGCUGAGAUGGCUGUGAGUCGAGUGCCCACUGGUGACACCUCGCCCUGCGGAACUGAAGAAGACCAAGAUUCCCCCCUCCAUGAGAGGGUAACGUCAUUCAGCACCCCCCCAACCCCAGAGCGAAACAGACCCUCCUUCUUCUCACCAUCUCUGCGCCGCAAAGUGCCCCGAAACAGAAUCGCUGAGAUGAAGAAAUCACACUCUGCGAAUGACAGCGAGGAGUUCUUCAGAGAGGAAGAUGAUGAAGACCUGUGCAACACCACAAACCUGCGCUCGCGAUCUCUGUCUGGGACGAGUCGAUCACUGGUGGGUUCUUGGCUCAAGCUGAACAGAAAAGAUGACUAUUUCCUGCUGUAUUCUUAUCUGACCUAUGUGACCCUUCCUUUGCAUCGCAUCACCACAGAUAUUCUGGAGGUGAGACAAAAGCCCAUUUUGAUGACAUAGCAUUUCCUGUCUUCUUUAAACCACAUUACCAAGUGCCUCCUCACAUCAGGCCCACAAGGAACUGCCAUCUGGUGUCUGGACAGAUUACCAAAAAAUACACAUCAGCAAAGGGGAAACCUAAGGAAUGAAAUCUCUUAAGAAAUGCCUCUUCUUGCUUUUUCUGCCUCUGGAAUCUACCAGCAGAAACGACUCUAGACCUGGAACUGAAAUGGCUCUAGACAACACCAGACCUUGACGCAAAAGGGAAAUGUUUAAUGGGAAAUAAGAGAAAGAAUAAUUGAAUGUCUGUCUUGUAAAUACAUUGCUGCUUUCUCAGUGAAACGUACGACCACAACCCCCAUCCCUUCAGCCUAUCCUCAAGAGACACUUCGUAAUUUUCACCAUGUUGCUGAUUUUGUGCAUAGUAUAUUUUCCAAAUGACAUUUCCUUGCAGCUCUAGGCCUUAAUACAUCGCUGACCAGCUAAUUUGUAAUAAACUUUGUCCUUUUGAUGCCCCAUCAAACCAUUAUUGACUCUUGACCCUCAUAUUGUCCUAACCCUGUAGCAACACAAAAGGAGGAAUGUUUAAAGAAUUUACUAGAAAAUGUAACACUCAAGAUGUAUUGAGCAUCUUUAAUAUACUUUUAUGGUCCUGUCAUGUCUUGUUUGAAGCUUGUAAGCUCUGUUCCCCAGUCACGGACAAGAGCGACCAGGACAUUACUUAAAAUUGUUCUUUUGUGUUG